AUGAAGAAGGCAGAUGUCUUUAUGAAAGUAAGUUUGUUCCUAACUCCUUUUCUACUUCUAUCUCAGCCAUCUGAUUCCAGAUUGCUUCAAAGCAACAACACUAUAAACACUCUCACCUUUACUUUGCAUCACAAAAAGAACUUGCCAUUACCAAAUGUCACAACUAGAAACUUUGUCAAUCCUGUUUCUUAUCAUAGACAAGACUCGUACUACAUUAGAUUCUUCAUUGGAUCUCCUCGCAAGCUGUUUCUAUUGGUAAUUGACACAGGCAGCCCUUACACAUGGGUAAGGUGCAAUCCAUGUGACGAUUGUUCCACUUCAGAGUACUUUGAUUAUCAAGAUUCAACAUCCUUCUCAGCUGUUAUAUGUGCAUCGGAUAGGUGUCCAUCCAAAAUGUGUGGGGAACAUUUGGAAUGCCCUUUUCAAACAGGAUAUGAAGAUGGAUCAACUACAAACGGGAUAUGGGUUGCGGAUAAAUUUACUCUAUUAAAAGAUGAUUAUGCUACCUUUGUCGCAAUGAAUGAUAUGCGUUUCGGUUGUGCAUCUCACACUGAUGCUGUUCCACAUCUUGACGGGGUUUUAGGGAUGAGUAGGGGAAGUUUAUCUUUGGUUUCGUCAUUAGAAGUUGCUUAUGGAUUCACUCAAUUCUCGUACUGUCUAAACCCAAAUAGCACAACAGCUUUGACUUUCGGAGAAUCUAUCGAUGAUACGGGCCUUGUAAUUUAUACGCCAUUGGUAGCACAUCCUCAAUAUUAUUUUGUUCGCCUUCAAGGAAUAACAAUUGGUAGCGAAUCAAUCGAGAGUACCGAUUUUCCAAUCGAGAUGGCUCUCGAUUCGGGUUCGACUAAAAGCUACUUUCCUACUUCUCUCUACAACAUGUUAAGGGACAGGUAUCUCGGCAUUGUCAGCGCACUUGGUUGGGUUCGCUACUAUGGUUCUAAGGAAACAUGCUACUAUGCAAGUCCAACCGAAGUUGAUAAAUUACCACUUGCAAACUUUCGUUUUGAUGGUGAUGCCAAUUUAAAUCUAAAGCCAGACAAUAUAUGGAUUCCAUUGCACGAGCAGACUGAGGUGGUUUGCCUAGCGUUUGGAGAGUCCACUAACCAUGCACCCAUUUUUGGGAAUGCCCAACAGAAACAGAUUCUAAUGAUACAUGAUUUUGGGCGCUCUCGAAUUGGUUUUCUCCCUGCGGGAUGUUGA